UUAAAUUCAUAGAAGAUGAGUCUUUUUUUAAAGAAAUCCUUUCAAUACAUUAUAAAAAGAAGUAAAAUGCAUGUAGAAGUUAUGUUUAAAAUAAUGGUGGUAACAACAGUAAUACAAUUCACUGGACAAAAUAAAGUGAUUGAUAUGAUUGAGGAAAUUACUAAAAGUCUUAACAGUGUAAGUGAAGAAAAUAGGGAGUUAACUUAUGGGAAUAAAUUUGGUGGCAACAUUGAGCAAUCUGACGAAGCGGUUGCCGCUACACCAAAGACAUAUAUAAAAAUUAAUCCCGAGGUAGAAGGAAACCAGCCAUCACCAACAUUCAAUACUGAUUAUUAUAGAGAUAAGUGGAUACUUUCAAAACUUGUAUCACUUUUAGAAAACUAUAUCCCUAAUAAGAUUCAAAAGGAUGAAGAAUCAAAAAAUGCUGAAGAAGUAAAGACUAAAGACUUUGAUCGUUUUUUAGCAGAGUUUGAAAAAGAAGAUAAAAAUUUUAUGCCUUCUUCUUCUAAAAACAAUGAAAUGCUUCUUCACCCAGAAAAUUGGGAAAAUUUGUUGAAAACAAUACGUCAGCAAAUACAAAGUAAGACUUUGAAGUAUCGGAAAAAAGAAACGCCAGAUAAAGCUGAAUGGAUUCCUUGGAUUCUAAAGAACAAAUUACAUGAUAAUAUAUGGAAAGAUAUAUCAGCAAUAGAAGAAGAAUAUAAAAAAAAACAAAAAGAUCAACAAAAGAACGUUAUUUUAAAACGAAUUGUAAAUGAUUUAAAUACACUAUUUUCAUUGCGUUAAUUAUCUAAA